UUUGUUCAGUGAGGUGCUUACAGCAAGUGCGCUGCUGUCAUUUUAGUCCAUCUAUAAAUGUAGUGACGUUUUUAUCUGUACACCUUAUCCAGGUGUGAAGUCUUGGUGUACUGGUGUGGCGUGCUUGUGUGAAACAUGAGUCGAUUUUUGAAUGUACUGCGGAGCUGGCUAGUCAUGGUAUCAGUAAUUGCUAUGGGCAAUACUGUACAGAGUUUCCGAGAUCACAGUUUCCUCUCCGAGAAACUGUACACAGGAACGCCAGAUUUUGUGAAUGGACUUCAAGCCAGAACCUUUGGAAUAUGGACCUUAUUGUCAUCCAUCAUCCGCUGUGCCUGUGCCAUAGACAUCCAGAACAGAACACUUUAUCACAUUACCCUGUGGACGUUUGUUUUGGCCCUGGGACACUUCCUGUCUGAAGCCUUCAUUUAUAAAACCGCUCCCCUGACAAUUGGAGUCAUGGCCCCGCUUAUUGUGGCAAGUUUUUCCAUAGUGGGAAUGUUAAUCGGGUUCCAGUGUAUCACCGAACCACAGGAAGUAAUUGGAGCACGACAAAAGAAGAGGAACUGAGUCCAUGCAUGAGUGACUCUGUGCCCUACCUCUGUGUCUCUCAGACUUGACCGAGAGCUUUGGCCAGGCCCACCAAUUUUGCUUCUAGGCAUAAAUGGCUUAUUUGGGCCAGACUGAACAGUUCACUGUAGGGACUGUACAUUGCAUCAGAUUAAAACUUGUGCGGCAAGUAGACCACUAUGUGGUCUACCUACUUAAUAUUUUACAAUGCAGAGCACUGUCAGUCAGUGUUGUGUGGCAAAACAGGUAGUGGAUGGUCAUUUCCCAGCAAAUAUUACAGCUCUUACAACAACUGAAAUUCCUCAGCCUGCAUUUUUUUAUUUUUUAUGACAGUUUUCCCAGAACAGCUACUGUUUUUACAUAUUACACAUUUUCAGGGAGCAAACACAUUGCAGAUAUAUAAAAAUGAAUCCUGUUGUCAGCAUAAUCCUCUUCUGUAUACCUAUAUCUAAAAUACUUUUGUUUAUAAACACAGAAAUUAUAUGGUCACUUCAGCAGUUAUAUUUGUUUCAUGGAAAUAUGUCUGACACAUUAAAAAGAUAAAGAAGGGCUGAUGAAAAGAAGGACACAUAACUCAACUAGCUUUAUGAUUUUCAUAGGAAUUGGUUUGAAAA